AUGACACUCGACCAAGCUUAUGCAAUCCAGAAAUGGCUUGCUGAGCAAGAGUUUCCCACCACCUUCUCGGCCUCGCUAUUCUUUGCUCUCUUCAAGACCUACGGUGUGCCUUCUAUCUCCCGGCUGCUCGUAAGUACAGGGCAGUUUGCUAGCCACAACGACGACGACGACGACGACAAGUUGGCUAGGACCUCAAAGCGAGCCGCCGACACCAGCGUGCUGCUUACCAAUAUGGUGAUGGCCAGGCCCGGCUCCACGCGAGCUAUGGAAUCUAAGGCGCGCACAAACUUCCUCCACGCCUCAUAUCGGCGAACUGGCAAGAUAUUGGACGACGAUAUGCUAUACACGCUCAGUCUGUUCGUGCUGGAACCUAUGCUCUGGACCGAAAAGUACGAGUGGCGUCGCUUGACCGAUAAGGAGCGCUGCGCCAUGGCCAUAUUCUGGAAGGCUCUCGGCGAGGACCUUGACAUCUCGUACCAACAGCUCCCUUCACACCCGCAGGGCUGGGCCGACGGCCUGGCCUGGCUGGACGAGCUCGACACAUGGAGGCGCGAGUACGCCGACCGCAGCAUGACUUCGUCUGCUUGCAAUGCUAUCCUGGCCUCUUCAGCAAUGGACAUGAUGCUCUACCGCUUACCAACUACACUCAAACCUGUCGGCCGGAAUCUGCUCUGUACACUUGUUGGACCAAAGGUGGGAGAAGCAUUGAGACUGCCUCUGCCUCCGACUGGCUACCAAGCUAUGCUUCGUUUCCUCGUCAGUCUCCGAAAAUUCCUUCUCCGCCAUCUUCUCCUCCCGCGCCCAUACUUUCUACGUCGCAAGUAUCUCCUCGACAGCCCCCAGCCCUUUACCAGUCGAUACAACGUUGCCCGCUGGCAGGUGCACCCCUGGUACGUUAAGCCUUCUUUCCAGGAUCUCUGGGGGCCGAGGGCGUGGCUGCGAUGGGCAAGAGGUGGCGCCUUGCCUGGACAUUGGGACGACAAGUUCCUUCCUGCGGGGUACCGGCUCAGAGAGGUAGGGCCGGCCCAGCAGAUUGGAAAGGGAGAGACAGAGAUGAACGAGAUGAUUGAGACCUUGAAAGCCAAAUGCUGUCACUGUUAG